AUGUCAUCUCUCAAGAAGCUUUUCAGAAGAAACAAGUCUUCGAGCUCCCAAAGUCUCCCGGAAACACGCUCCACGAAAAAGAGCGAACCCUCAAACGCGGAUUCUGCGGGUCCCACAAGCGUUCCUUUGACUGGCUCAAGAACGUACUCGGACUCCAUCAAGAACUCCAGGGCUCCUCGCAGAGCGUCUCGUACAGACUCCAAGAGACUCUCGUCUUUGCCAACAACGUUCCUUAGACAGGGCAACUCUCCUGCUCCGCGUACCCUUUCGCUUGGGAAUGCGCUCGCUGAGCCGAAGGAUAACAUUAAUAAAUUGCCCGAGGAGCUGGUUCCCGUGGUGACUCUGCUACAUGCGCAGAACGCCCGCUCCUACUGCGAAAUGAGCGUCCAGGUGCCCUUACAAGAGGCCGACUCGCUCUCGUGGGUGUACGUGAGUGCCAAGUUGAGUGGAACAGAACUCGCCAUAUGGGAAAUGGACUCCCAGACUUCACAGGAAUUGAGAAACGACGACAACGGCGGGUUCAAGCCAAUAUACAUCAACAUCCUGGACGCACAUUAUUCGUACUCCAGUUCUCCAGACAAACACGAGCUCAAGAUCACCUUGACGGAGUCCAGACUGUACUUGCUCAAGUUCGACUCCAAACAGGACAUUGACCGUUUCUACGCUGCCUUACUUCUGGCCCAGUUUGAAAACAGACAGUUGCAGGAAAGCUUUACGGGAGCUCUGUUUUCGAGCAAAGCCAUCUACUUCUCCGAUAUUCGUACCCUGCUGGCUCCAACUAACAACAACGCCAAGGAAGAAUGGUGUGUUUUACGGUUCCCAUUCUUGAACGACAAGUGGAUCCGUUGCUUUGUGGUGGUGACUCCGAACGUUGGGUCAAAGAAACCGGGCAGUGUCAAGAUAUACACCUCCACAACGAAAUCCAAGAAACAUCUGUUGGCCUCGGUCAAGUCUGCGCGUUCGUGUGUGGCUGUUUAUCCCGAGAAUCCAGAGUUCAUCGAUAACAACUCCCUUAUUCGUCUGAACGGUCAGAUCUACAUCAACGAGGGAUUGCUGGAGAAAGUCAUUUCUGGAGAGGUGGACACCUCUGCGCACAACGGAACACGAAGCCGGUCUUCCUCGAUCGGUGUUGUUCGCAAGAUCUCGAACUCGUCGCUGAUCUCGGCCAAAAACAAAGACGCCAACAAGUCGCCUCCACAUUCGAGGUCUGCUUCCUUGGGCAAGUCCGGGCUCCAUAAAAGAGUCAACUCGACUCUUUCGAUGGACUCUGGAAAACGCAAGAUCGAGCUUAAGGAAACGGACUUUCUGUAUCUUUUGCCCGAGUCUCACUCUGGCGUGAAGCCAACAGAGAUCAUGAUCAGACUGCUGAUUCCAAUCAUGAACUCGUUCAGACUGUACGGACGUCCAAACAAGUUCAUUUCCAGCAGAGACGACAGAGAGUCUCUUUUAUUUGGUCUUCCACAGCUACCCCACACGCAAUAUCUGGACGACGCGCUUGCGUUCCAGCUUGUUUCUUUAAAUGUCGACAACUCGCUUGCUGAAAACUGGUCCAGCUGGGACUGGAUGCAGGUGUUCAAGGAGAUGGUGUUCUACAAGCUCUCUACGGGCUGGCAAGGUUCUGGAUCGCUCAUCGAGACGUUUAAGGACGGCAUGGUGUACAACAAGGGCAAACUCGAGGAGUAUGAGAACUUUGACGACAACUUUGACGACCCGAUCGAGGACUUCGUCGACUUGGCCGACUCCAAACACGACUCUUUGGAUAUUGUGUCUCCACAGCUGUCUGCGGCUCCGCCAAUCAACUCUCCGCUGGGAGAUUACUACAGCCGGCCAGGAAGUCCCGUCUUGGAAGACUUGGACAGAGUUCCGCUGGCAAGAGUCCCUGUCUAG